AUGAGUAUGGACGCUGGCGGUCUUGCUCAAAUGUCUUACAAUUCUUCUUUCAAUAAUGGCAAUUCCCUGGGCGUGCCGGGCUCUGGCUUUGCCUCGCGCGGCAAAGGCUCUCACAUCAAACGCUUGAGUAUGCCUCCCCAGGUUGCUACCAUCGACGAGUCCCAGACAUCGGCAUCUGUCUCCACUCCGCGUACCAGUCGCUCUCAUCUUUUGGCUGGACUGCGCACUGCUCCCAAGUCUGCGACAAUCCCCUCUGAACAUCAGCAGCGGAGUGGAAUGGAAGGUGCACGAUUUACUGGGUAUUCCAACCGAGGGACCGACCGUGUCCCACAAACUGCGACCGGAACUGGAUUCCCACAGCACAAUUACACCACGAAUCAGAACGUGAACUCGCACCGCAACAACUCGCACCAUAACAACUCGCACCACAACAACCCGCACCACAACAACUCGCACCACAACCGCAUGAUGUACACUAUGCCGGAGCAGGUACUUGCACCUCCGACGCUUGAAAUGGCCGGUGGCGAUAUUCCAAUCGAUGAGAACAUGUACGCGGAAUUGAUGUCAACCAACCUGUUCCUUGCUGCCCAGCAGCAACGCCUGCAACAGCAGUUAAUCAGUGUCACCGCUGCAGCUCAGCAAUUCCAAGGCCUCAACCUUGGGAUGUCCCUUCCUCGGCAGCAACAGGUUCCUUCGCUCUCCAUCCCUGGCAUGGGAUUUUAUCAACAGCAGCUCCAGCAAGGUGUUCAGCCCAUUGUACAGCCUGUUCCUGGUCAACCUGGAAUGUUCUGCGUCUACAAUCCUCUGACUGGCCAACAAAGCUACAUCAUGGACAACAACUCCCAGGAAGAUCGCCAGCAACAGUUCUAUCAAGAUACUCAGUCCCAUAUUGGCCAGCAGGUUCCCCAGUUCCGUGCAGAGAUUUCUCCUCCUGCGGACUCCACGCAAUCCCCCAUGCAAUUCCCGCAGCCAAUUUCCCCUCCGGUUGGCAGCCCCUCUCCGCCCCACGAAUCGUCUGUGAAUGCUCUCCGCCGAGGCCAUCGCAAGAACCUUUCGUUUAACCCAAGUAUCAAGACGAACAUUGAUACUGUCAAGGCCAAUGUGGGACCCGGCCCUAGGUCUGCUGCCCUGCCGCCGACACCGGCCACUGGAACAUUUGGACCCGGUCAAAGUCGUGCUGGUGAACAUCCGAUGCGCCAGCCCCGUGGUCCCCCUUCGCUUGAGGAUCUCGUGGCCAAGCCCACCUCCAAGCACGAAGGUAGCAAGAACUUUGCGACCCGUCAGCGACGUCGUGCCGUUCACAAUCUUGUUCGCGCAGGGAUCGAGCGUCGUGGCGACACACGCAGUUUUGGAUACCAUAGCAGCGGAGGCACUAACACCCCUGCGAGUGAGAAAGAGUUUACCUUCUCGGAUGGCGAUGAUGCCACCGUGCGCAGUGGCGGAAGCCUCUCCAGCAAGCCUAGUCUAGGCAGCCUGCGAGCAGUUGCUAAUGGUGCCAUUGGGUCCGAGAGAAGGGAGAAAUCUGGCCGGGAUCGCAAGUCCCCGGACAGUCCCUUCCACAGCGCCACCCCGACUAGCGAAGACGGUGGCUACUUUUACUCAAAGUUUGUUGAUCCUCGCGGGGACUAUGCCCCCUCGCCUAGUACCAGUGGCACCUCGUCACCCUCAGUGGCGGAUGUUGUUGCUGGCCAGGGGCCGGCAGCCCAGGCACCAGAACGGCGCAAGACGCCGAUGCUGGUGUUGUCCAGCGCUGAAAAACGCAAGACACCUUUCAUGUAA